CCGGACAUCCUGGACUACCCUACGAGCACGGACAUGGUGGUGCGCGAGUUCAGCAACGUGACGCUUCGCUGCGCGGCGAACGGCUCGCCCCGGCCCAACAUCACCUGGCGGAGAGAGUACGGCUCGCUGCUGCAGCUGCCUGACGGCCGAGAGGCGUUGACUGCCGAGGGCGAGAACUACACCAUCGCCAGGGUGACCAGGGAGCACAUGGGCGCGUACCUCUGCAUCGCGUCCAACGGGGUGCCGCCAUCUAUCAGCAAACGCAUCGGCCUCACUGUGGAAUUUCCACCGGUGAUCGAUGUCUCCAAGCAGCUGGUGGGCGCGCGGCUGGGCCGGCCGCUGGUGCUGCAGUGCACGUCGCAGGCCUUCCCUAAGUCGCACAACUACUGGGUCCGGGCGGACAACAUGCUCGUGCAAGGACCUGGAUACGAGACGGAGAUGGUGGAGUCGUCGUACUCAAUAAGCAUGCGACUCACGAUCGAGAGCGUGACGCACUACGACUUCGGGGAAUACAAGUGCGUCAGCAAGAACUAUUUGGGGGAGACAGAGCAGAGCAUAAAAGUGGAACAUGUCAAAUCGCAAGACACCGGUUGGGGGCCGGCGGCAACAAAGCUCCCCAAACACUCGAAAGGGAAAUAUCUGGGUAGGCCAGUGAGUGAGAACAGCAUCGAAAUACCGGACGCGGAGGAGUCGACGUCCGCCUCGUCUCCUGCGGCGCGCGCCAUCGCCAAUGUCUUCCUGGUCCUCGCGACUCUCCCCGGCGCGCUGAACUACGUCUGUCGGACUACGAUGUAAUCUGCGGCGAGCCAUCUGUGAGGCUCUGACUGGAGCCGUAGCACUGACUGUAAAUACACUGUACUUUAAGUUCCCGAGAGGCAGAGAGCUGUGUAUCGUGUGUUUCCGUUUCUGGAGGUAGGCAAUUUUUAAUUUAUUUAUUUUCAAAGUGAAAGUGUAUUAUCUACAACGCUCUUUGGCGGUUCGGUUUAAGGCUAUAGGUCGGUAUCAUUCAGAUUUCAGUAUGCUCUUGAUGCCCACUUAUAACCAUGACGGUAUUUAAUAUGAACGGAAAAAUUGCUACAAUUAUAGCCUAUUUAUUUUAGUGUGUGAGGUUUAGUUGCGAAACAAAUGUAUAGAAUAUAAACUUAAAUAACUUUAAGAAUUUGUUUAUAGUACGGUUUAAAUAAUAGUGUGCAAACAAGGAUCACGACUAGUCAUGCUAUUGCUCAGAUCGCGGAGGACGUAUUCCGCGCGGACGUGAGAAAUAUAUUAUUUUCUUCUGUCGACCAGUUUGGAAAGGUCACGCUUUAUUUAAAGAACUAACUUUGUGUGUUUCAGGGCAAUUUUUCCUUUAUAGCCUUCAUACGGACGUUAUAUUGGAGGGAAGUUCAAAAUCGAUAUUUACAAAUUAAAAAUAACAUGCGUGGUGCGAUUUUUAAAAAUUAUAUGUGAGCCUACCAUGAUCAUUAUCAAGUAGAUACCCUUACGUUAGCUCAUAUGUCCUUCGUAUUGUGAUGUUUUAAGCGUAAUAAUGUGUUUCUGUGUAUAAGGUGUGUAUGAUGAUAGUGCUAGGUCGCUGGACCUGAAUGAAUUGCAAUUGGUAUAUGUGGUACCCUUUUCGCUUAAGUUGGUGAUACCCCGUGAGUGUACAUUAGCCUGCUAUUGUCUCGCUUUUGAACACGGGGGUUUGCCAGUAUUCUGUUCAAUCAAAUUAAUUAAGGCUUUUAUAGGUUAACGUGCAGUAUGCACGAUUGUCUCAAUGGCUCUGCCAGCGAUGUUACCCAAACGAUGCAAUACCCCCAGCCUUUGAAGUUUAAAGAGUGAAAAGAAAAGACUAGUCAACAUAUCAGCCAACCCAUUAGGACUUGGCCCCCCUCUCUCCCUUGCCUCAAUAAUUAAUGCUUAUUUUAUAUAUGACCUAUUUCAAUCAAUGUCAAUUUGGACAGGACUAAAAUUAAAGUGCGUGCUUAGGAGUCAUCCAUGAAGUACGUCUGUGGUCACACUAUUUAGUGGGGGGGCGGGGGGGUCCGAUUUUAACUUUACGAAAGCCGAGAAUACGAUCACAGAGUAUAGUGUUUUGAGCUCCAGGUUCAUCACACAAUUUCUUCCACAGCAGGAGAAACCUGUUAAAUUAAUCUUAAAAAAACAAGUUGUUACUAAGACGUGAAGAACGGGGUUAGGUAAUUUGGUGUGGCGGACGUCCGAAAGGGUGCCAGUGCACGAAAACCGGCCGCAGUGGGUGGAGGGUUUUGUUUGCAUUGUAAAGAAAUAGUUUGCAAGCUUGUGAAGAACUAGUUCAGAUCACAAAGCUUCGAAAUUCUUUGCAAAGCAGCAAAGAAAAUCGGUUGCAAUACGAACCUUUUCUUUGCAAGCAUUUUGCAAUGUGUAGUGUGUAUUCCGACCAAACAACAGCGGACGUACUUUAUGGGUGAUUCCUUACAGAUUGACACGGCUGUGGCUGAUUUUAAAGGCUUCUACUAGCGAGCGGCUGUUGUCCGAAUUGCGGUCACGCCUCAGCAAAUGCGUCUUCUUACUGAUUCAGCGUUAUUAUGAAAAUCAUAAGCCAACAUAAUCGUGAAGUAAAUCAAAUCUGAAGGUAUGUGGGCAACUGUAUAUUUCUGUAUCCCUGUUACCGAAUUAAGAUUAGCUGUGUCAGUUUCAGGAAAAUUUUUCUUUUGUUUUUAUUGUACUAUUAAUGUACAUUUUUGAGAUUUAUACAAAGUUAUAAAGAAGAUUGCAAGCAU